AGCUUCUUGGGCCAAGGGCAGGCCAUAGGACCAGUGGGAGCAAUGCCGUGGGAGGACUUCGGCGCCUGCGCGUUCCAGCCCAAACUUCUGGCCGCGCUGCGCGGGCUGGGCUUUGUGAAACCAACGGCUGUGCAAGCCCAAGCAUGGCCAGUCGUUGUCUCAGGUCGCGAUGUGGUUGGUGUGUCUGCCACGGGCAGUGGCAAAACACUAGCCUUCCUGGUGCCUGCCUUUCACGAUUUGAUGCGCGUGCGGCAGGGCGAGGCGUCUCUGCGAGUGCUGGUGCUGGCACCCACGAGGGAGUUGUCCAAUCAGAUCCACGAGGAGGGCCAGAAGCUGACGGCAGCGAUCGGAGCCCCGGCGCUGCGGUCUGCGGCCCUCUACGGAGGGGUUGACAUUCGAGCGCAGAGGGAUACUUUACGUCGAGGGGUUCACUGGUGUGCGGGGACUCCGGGGCGUUUGCUGGAUCUUCUGACGCGGCGAUGGCUAUCGCUGAAUGAUCUGGCGGUGCUUGUCCUCGACGAAGCUGACCGAAUGCUGGAUCAGGGCUUUGAGCAGGAUCUUCGCCAAAUCAUGACACACCGACCACCCGAAGUCCAGACGCUCUUGUUCACGGCCACCUGGGCGCCUUCACAAAAGGUUCAGCAACUCGCCGCAGAGUUCCUUGCAGACCCUGUACUCAUUCAGACCGGAACGGUCGGCCGAGCAGCCAAUCGGGACAUCACGCACCGCUUUUAUGUGUGUUCCAGCGGGCGUGAGAAGAUGGAUCGGCUGAUCAAGCAAAUCAACGAAGUGAAUGAGGUCGGCGAGCGAAUGAUCGUCUUCUUAAACACCAAGCUGGCGUGCCUUGACAUUCACUCGCAGUUGAUGCAGCGCCGCUAUUCUUGCGGAGUUCUGCAGGGGGACUUGGACCAAGCAAGCCGAGAGGCAGCCUUGUUCGGCUUCAGACGCUGCAAGCCGGGAAUUCUCAUAGCCACAGAUGUGGCUGCUCGCGGUUUGGAUGUAGAGGACGUGAAGGUUGUUUUCAACUAUGACAUGCCUUCCACGUGUGAUUCUUUCGUCCAUCGGGUCGGACGCACCGGUCGGGCUGGGAAGACGGGCAUAGCAGUCACGCUGCUUCACUCUGGAGAGAGGCAAGACCGGCGAGUGGCGCAAGAAGUGGCUGAUCAUUUGGAGGUAGCUGGCCAGUCCGUGGCAGAACUUCGAGCCUUCGGUGAAUGUUCGAAUCGACGCGACCCUGAAACCAGCAGCAGCUUCAGCGGUCACACCGGAUACACCCACAACACUGGCCUGACUCAUCCGCAAGUGGAAUUGCGUGGCCAUCAGCUUGCUCGCAUCCUUGCAAGUGAUAAGCUGAUGGUUGAAGAGACACUUCGCCGCGGCUUCCGAUUCAUGAACAUUGAGCGCUCUAAAGCCCUGGACGAUCGCUUCCGGCGCCCGAAGUGGCGACUUUGCCGGCUGGUGCCGAUGAGCGAGCUGCGCGCAGCCGCGCGUCGCCACGCGCGGGGCGAAGGAGAGCUGAAGCUGCUCACCGAGGAUGCAGGAGUUGUGCAUGCCGUCGUCGCUGACCUUUAUGACCCUGCACAGUACGUGGCAACAGAGAUGUUUGAGCUGCCCAAUACCAGUGACAACAUGUGGCAAAUCUUUGAUCAGGCAACAGAGAUGCUGAUGGAGUGUGAUGAUGUGGAAUUCGCUGAGCAGGUAACCUCCAAUGAAGCAUUCCAGCAGGCAUUGAAAGCGCAGUGGGAGUCUGGGGACAAGAACGAUGAGUUUUACUAUCAGACAUUCAGCAAGCUACCCUUUGUGCAUUUCAAAAACAAACCCUUUCUUCAUCAUCUUUGCGAAGAUGGUCAGCUUGUGGAGACUUUACGCAUGCUUCUCAGCCGAUUCUCGCAUCAGACAGCUGCAGAACCUUGGCUUCGACUGGUAGAUGUGGAAUCUCGGGAGAAGCAGUACGGGAACACGGCCUUCCACAUAUGUGCCUAUGCCGGGCAUUUCGAGCUAUUGGAGGAACUCGUGCAACAUGCAAGGCGGUACCAAGUGCCCAUAGAGCAUUUGAAAACAACCAAAGGCGAGACCAUUCUAGAUGUUGCUCUGUCGCAAAAGAACUAUGCUUGCUACAACCUAGUUGCUCCCUUCUUCGAAGAUUGCCAGCUGCUGCCAGAUGGACAAGACACGGCCAAGACAAAGCAGGUGCUCGUGGUAGAUGCUGCAGAAGUAGAAGGGCAAGCACCACGUGCGUCUGUGUCUCUUCCCGAGCAGCUGUCUUUGGGUGAUUUGGCGGGUCAUUUAAGACGAUGUCUCGAUCAGCUUUCGGACGAGCCUGACCUCAUUUACCUGAAGAAAGUCCACAUCCGCUUGGAGGGGUCGUCGCAAGAUGAGGCGGAACACUUCCUGCGCCUCGCGGCCGGCGCCAGAUCUUUGACCAUGUACCGCUGCAGCACCGACAGCCUCGAUGUCUGCACAUACCUUCUUCAGGCCUGUGUGCAGCUGUACAAGGACGCCGACCCAGCUUGGGGCCGGCUGUUCAUCCUGCCUGCAGUUCAAGGGGAUCUGACAGAGGAGUCCAAAGGCCGCUUCACCUCUACGAGCAGGGAGCUGUUGCGGUGUCUGCAGGCCAAGUCCCGGGAGGGUGGGCUGCAGUUACAUUCCUUUGGCCGCGAUGGCUCGGCGGGCUUCGCCUUCCCGCGGAGAUAUCUUACGAGGCCGUGCUUGGCCGACGUGAUUCAGGCAGUGACCCAUGUGAACAUAUUCAUUCGCGUCCGGGAGAGGAUCGCUGCAAAGCUCGAAGUCGCAGAAGUGGAACGGGUCAGGAAGAGGUCACGUGCAGGCAGAAGCCUGAGCAAGGAGGACCUUUGUCAGCAGUACUUUUUUGCGGUGAAGUGGGGGCAGCUGGAUCGCUUCCAGUACUGCCGAGAGGAGGUUAGACGUGAACAGGCUGAGGAUUGCCCGGGCGAGGGCCUGCGUGCAGGGGUGGAUAGCGACAGCUUCCUGGAGGUGGUCUCUGAAUCCUUGGAUAUGUGGAUGUAUCCCAUGACCGCGACCAUGCCUGCGGCCUUGAAGGAGGCUGAGAUCUUUUCCGAUUUCUUGACGGCGCUGGACGAAGGGCUGUGGUGCCUGCUGCAGCAUCAUCGACUGCUGCCCAGGCUUCCAGGCUUGGUGCAGACAGCAAUGCUCAAGUUGGAUCCUCGGUACUCGCAAACCUUGACGAAGACCACAACAUGGAUGGAGGACCACGACAAAUCCCGGAUUCUUGCGAGCUAAGCAGGAUCUCCGGUCCGGGUGGCGGUGAAGGGCCAAGGCGAAGUGCACUUGGGUAUGUGUCAAAAUGCGGACCCCCCUCA